GACCUGGUGUGGGGACAUAAGGGUUGGCGUGACCUUUGAGGACAUUGCCCUGUACUUCUCCAGGGAGGAAUGGAGCCUCCUUGAUGAGGGUCAGAGACAGCUGUACCUGAAUGUGAUGCUGGAGAACUUUGAACUUGUAUCCUCGCUGGGUUGCUGCUGUGGAGCAGAGAAUGUGGAGGAACCUCUUGAAGAGGACAUUUCUGUAGGAGUGUCACAGGCAAAGAAUCCCAAGUUAGCUUUGUCUUCCCAGAAGAGCCACCCCUGUGAGAGUUGUGGACUAGUUUUGAGAAACAUUUUCCACUUGACUCAUCAGCAGGAAUUACAACACAGGCAGAUCCUAUUGAGGUGCGGGGCAUGCGCAGAGCAAUUUUAUUUCAUUGUACAAUUUCAGGAGCAGCAGCAGCAGCACUUGAGAGAGAAGCCUUUCAUAGGAGGUGUGAACAUGCUCUCACUUGAAAAGGGCUGCGAUUUCAAUGUGUUUGAGAAGCUUUUUAGCUGUGGAGAGGUGGGGCAGGACAUCUUUAGCACGGCAGGGCAUCUCCAGCAAAUGGCUACGCAAAUCAGUGACAAUCUGAAUGGUAUCUCGAUGUGUGGGGUGACAUAUCAAGAGGAAAAUAAUUAUUUUACUAAUAAAGACUGUAAUAAAGCCAUUGGCUCUAACUACACAUGUGUUUGGGACAAGGGUGUCCCUACUGGAAAAGCGUAUUUCUCUUGCCGUGAAUGUGGAAAAUAUUUUUCCCGAUUUUCUACUUUUUGUUAUCAUCAGAGAUUUCAUGCAGAAAAAAAGCUUUAUGAGAACAGUGAAUGUGGGACAUCUUUUACCAGUAGUAUUGGCCUCUUUUAUUAUCAGAGAUGUCACACAGGUGAAAGGCCUUAUCAAUGUAUUGAAUGUGGAAGAUCUUUUACCAGGAUCAGUAACCUUCGUGAUCAUCAGAUAGUUCACACUGGAAAAAUGCCUUAUGAGUGCAGUGAAUGCGGAAAAUCUUUUACCUGUAGUAGUGGCCUCCGUUAUCAUCAGAUGAGAGUUCACACUGGAGAAAGGCCUUAUGAGUGCAAUGAAUGUGGGCAAUCUUUUGUCAAUAGUAGUGGCUUCCAUUAUCAUCAAAAAUUGCACUCUGGAGAAAGGCAUAAAUGCAAUGAAUGUGAGAAAUCUUUUAACAGUAUCUAUUAUCUUCGUUAUCAUCAGAGAGUUCACACUGGAGAAAGGCCUUAUGAGUGCAGUGAAUGUGGGAAAUCAUUUACUCAGAAAUAUGCCUUCCAUUGUCAUCAGAGAAUUCACACUGGAGAAAGGCCUUUUAAGUGCAGUGAAUGUGGGAAAUCAUUUACUCGGAAAAAUGUCCUUAAUCGUCAUGAGAGAAUUCACACUGGUGAAAAGUCUCAUGUGUGCAGUGAAUGUGGAAAAUCUUUUACCUGUGGAAGUAGCCUCCGUUACCAUCAAAUGGGAGUGCACACUGGAGAAAGGCCUUAUGAGUGCAAUGAAUGUGGGAAAUCUUUUACCAGUAGUAAUGGCUUCCGUCGUCAUCAGAGAAUUCACACUGGAGAAAGGCCUUAUGAGUGCAAAGAAUGUGGGAAAUCUUUUAUCAGUGGUAGUAGCUUUCGUCGUCAUCAGAGAGUUCACACUGGAGAAAAGCCUUAUGUGUGUGGUGAGUGUGGGAAGUCUUUUACCACCAAAUAUUGCCUUGGUUCUCAUCAGAAAAUUCACUCUAGAGAAAGGCCUAAUGACUGUAGUUAAUAUGGGAAAUCUUUUAGCCAAAAUUCUAACCCUACUCCCCACAGAAGAGUUCACAUUGGAGUAAGGUCUUGGAUAUGCAGGAAAUGUAGAUUUUUUUUUUGUUCAACCCUAACAAUACUAGAGGAAACUCCAUGAAGCCCUAUUUGUCUGAACUGAACCUCAUACACUGCAACAUCAAUGGUAGGGAGAUUCCCAAUAAAUGUGAGUGCUGUGAAAAUCA